GCCCUCUUCUCCGGCGGUCAAAAAACUGAAAGAGAAACCCUAGAGGGAGUGUGUAAAUGACAGACGAGCAACCGCAGAUUAUCCCGCAUUUGCAACGACCUGAAUCUCCUCAACGCCCCUCUAAACUGGCCAAAUUCGACGGCGUAGAUUUCUCCGGCGACGGCGAGGAAGAGGAGGAGGAGGAGGAAGCCGGAGAGUUCGCUGAAAAAAGUAUGGUCCCGAAUCCGAGAAUUCAAAGAUACCUAGUUGCGAUUGAGUAUUUAGGCACUCGAUUUUCCGGCGCACAACAGCAGCCAACUGGUAGAACUGUUGUUGGUGUUCUCGAGGACGCUUUUCAGAAAUUUAUUGGACAGCCUGUUUCGAUUUUUUGCUCGAGCCGGACUGAUGCUGGUGUUCAUGCACUGUCAAAUGUAUGCCAUGUCGAUAUUGAGAGGACAAGCAAAAGAAAACCUGGUGAAGUGUUACCACCUCACGAACCUUCUGUUGUCAAAAGUGCUGUCAAUCAUUUUUUACAGAAGAAUGAAGGUGAUAUGAUGGUGAUCGAUGUGAAGUGUGUUCCUGCUGAUUUUCAUUCUCGAUAUAAAGCUCAGGAACGCACGUACUUCUACAGAUUGUUAUCCGGAAUGGAGCCUUUGUCGACCUUUGAGAAAAACCGGGCUUGGCAUGUACCUGAAGAACUUGAUAUUUUGUCUAUGCAGAAAGCAUGCCAAGUACUUAUCGGGCGUCAUGAUUUUAGUUCUUUCAGAGCUUCUGCAUGCCAGGCUAAGUCACCCAUCAAAACUCUGGAUGAGUUAAGUGUUACUGAAGUUGCUUCAGGCACGUAUUUCCCUUCACCAGCAGAGAGAAAACAAAGCAAUUAUACGACAGAAGGCUUGGUCUCAAUCUCGAACAAGUCAGAAACUGAUUCUGUUAAUGGAAAUUCAGUUGGAGAGGCUAUUCAAGGAUUUGGCAUAAGGAAAAGGCACCGUUGCAUUGUGGUUACUGCACGAGGACGCUCUUUCCUUUACCAUCAGGUUAGAUUGCUAGUCGGGGUUCUCAAAUCGGUGGGCACUGGCGAUCUUACAGUUUCUGAUGUUGAGCGAAUACUUAAAGCAAAGGAUAUAAGAACUGCAAGUCCUAUGGCACCUGCAGGCGGUCUCUACCUUGGACAAGUGAAAUAUGAUCUUCCUUCAGAUAUAUGAUCUAACUUACUCUCUAUGGUGAAUUUUUCCGUCUCGAUUUUUUGCAAUUAAAUGGUUUCUGGUGAGGAAUUUGGAGCGAAUUUCUAGCAAUUAAAUGAGCGAACUAUUUAUUGGUUCAAGAAAUAGCCGAGGCGUAGAACUUUGGUGGUCAUUUUGUUCUCGUUAAAUUAAGAUAUUUAAUAGACUGUAGGGGGAUUUAUUGUGUGUUCAUUCAUGGAACAUAAGGUGUUGUUCAUGUCCGAUACUAGGGGUCGAAAUUUGAACAAUUUUUUUGAAUCCCGAAAAAUCUGAGUUCUGAUUUUUUUCUUAA